AUGAAAUAUGGUACAUGUCUUUUUUAUGGACGUGAUCUUAAAUCAGAUCCAUAUAUGUGGAAACAUGAUUUACAACAAUUUGAAGCAUGGAGAAAGUUUAUUAAAGUCUUUUCAAAUGAUGUACUAAAUGAAUUUACUUUCUUUUUUACAGCUGGAAAUACAGGUGUUUCAUUUGUUGAUGCUAAUAUGCGUGAGAUAAUGGCUACUGGUUGGAUGUCAAAUAGAGGUAGGCAAAUUGUUGCAAGUUAUCUUACAAAAGAUCUUGGUAUCGAUUGGCGAUAUGGAGCAAUUGAUCAUGAUGUUUGUUCAAACUAUGGAAAUUGGGUGUAUCUAGCUAGUGUUGGAAAUAAUCCAAGAGAAAAUCGACAUUUUAAUAUGAUUAAACAAGCAUUUGAUUAUGAUUCUAAUGGCACAUUUGUACGUAAAUGGUGUCCUGAAUUAGUUCGUUUACCAAAUGAAUAUAUUCAAACACCAUGGUUAGCUCCAUUUCACACGCUCAAAGAUGCUAGUGUAGAGCUUGGUGUUAACUAUCCUCGACCCAUUAUUAUUGUAUCACAAUGGAAUCAACAAUCUCAAAAUUGUCGAACAUCAUUGCAAAAUCAACAUCAUAUGCAAAACGUGGCAUAA